AUGGAAGGAAGAAACCAAACGCCCAUCGUGGAAUUGAUCCUUGUAGGUUUUGGGAACGAUCCUGAACUGCAGCCCCUCCUCUUCCUGCUUUUUCUAGUGAUCUACAUUGCAACUGUGGCUGGGAACCUGCUCAGCAUUGUGCUGGUAGUGGCUGAUCGACACCUUCACACCCCCAUGUACUACUUCGUGGCCAGCUUGUCCGCUGUGGAGAUCUGCUACGUCUCCACCACCCUACCCAGGCUGAUUGGCAGUCUGGUGACUGGGGACAGAACCAUUUCUCUACAGAACUGCCUUGUGCAAUUCGAAUUCUAUGGAAUCUUCACCACUGCCGAAACUCUGCUGCUCACGGCCAUGUGCUGUGAUCGGUUCCUAGCGAUCUGCCAUCCCCUCCGUUACCCUGCUCUGAUGACCAGCAGGGUGUGUGGCCACUUGGUGGCAGGGUGCUGGAUAUUCAGCAUUUCCUACACUGUGAUGGUACAAACAUUGAUGUUGCAAUUCACCUACUGUGGCCCCAAAGAAUUUGACCAUUUCUUUUGUGAUUUUGGAUCCGGUGUUCGGUUCUGUGGCGAGACCCAGACUCUGAUACUGCUGACAUUUGUUUUAUCUGUCACAAUAACUCUUGGGGUCUUUCUCUUUACCCUAUCAACCUACAUUUGUAUCAUCGCCACCAUCCUGAGAAUCCCUUCCAGCAGCGGGCAGCAAAAGGCCUUUUCCACCUGCUCCUCCCACCUCAUUGUGGUUGUAGUUUACUAUGUGAGCGGAUUUACAAUCUAUGUGCUUUUUUGGUUCUCGCUCCCCACGAUCCUGUACAAAAUAUUUUCUCUCAUGAUGACAAUCCUGAUACCUUUGAUCAAUCCUGUUAUCUACUGCCUCAGAAACAAGGAGGUCCAUCAGUUCCUGAGAAAAGCUGUUACAGAAUUGGUAGAUUUCACACACAGCAUGGAGUAUGAAAGGAGAAAUGUUGGUGUACAGUAA